AAGAUGGCGCACACGCUGACCUUGCUCGUGGGGGCGCUCUUACUUCAAGGGGCAAUGGCUUCUCCCGUGCUGUUCCACUGGCUCAACCUUCCUUCGCCGGCUGUCUGCUGCAGGAGGAAGCUGGCCAACUGCUGUCCACUCAUUAACCUGCCAGUGGAGCACGCAGCGAAGCGGCCGUGGCCGCUGUUCACCAACGAAGGCCUGACGCCCGAGGAGAUCGAGAAGCGCAACAAGGAGCGCCGCGCCCGUCGUGAGCGCCACAAGGACCGCCAGAGGGACAGGGACUCGAGGAGACAGCAUUCGUAGCCGAAAAGCGAGUUCCAUUCACUGUCUCUCCUCAUCCCCCCUAAUCACGCAAUCGCAUUCUCCAUAACCAUCAUAAUUCUUCAGUUCUUCAUUUAUUAAAGAAAGGUUGCAUUUAAACCUCAGUGAGGCAUAUCGUCAUUGUUUCAGGUGAAUCACCGAGACGUAGCUGAGGUCUUGUAAACGCGUUAAUGGCAUCUUGAAAGUUUUAAGACGUUUUAGAUUCACAUUUCGCCUUUGCCAUUUCUUUAAAUCGCCGUCAACUGUCACGCUGUACUGACUGUUACAGUGGUUAUUAUGGCUUUACCUUUUCACAUGCAGCCCUCUCACAUGGAGGUGGGCUUAUGAUGCGGACUUUUACUCCGGCGACAGAGUGGAAGAGGAAAUUUUGGUUUGUGCCUGGCUGCUCGUUUUUACUGGAUUAUACUCGUACCACUGGAGAAGUGACGCAUAUGAAACGAAGAAGAUAGUCCUCUUGGACCGACUUUGAGUUCUGCGUAGUGUUAGUAAAGUGAACAGCAUUUUCUGCGCACGACAGAAUAAGUACAUAUCCCAUACUUGUAUGUGCCCGUAUAACCUUUAUCCGUCUCUGAAGCGGAUAAAGCUCGUUCCCGAGGGAGGAAUGACCAGCAAUAUGCAUAUAAAGCCUCUUGAAUAUUGUGUUGUUAUCACACAGCUGCUUUAACAACGGAAAAUAUAGAACACACUCUGCACCACAGUUAUCAAGAUCAUAUGACAAGCCAAAUGUUACUAGUACAAACUUUUAGAUGUAUUUUCACGUUAUUUGAGAAUGAGUAAAAUGAUAAAACU